UGAGCAACUUGAUAAUUUCAUCAACAGUAGAACAAGAUGAGGGAAUGUACCAUUGUGCCUAUAUGGACUGGACUGAAUCUACUUGGACUGGGACCUAUUUGUCUUUAGCAGAAAACUCUCAGAGGAUUUCGAGCUUCACUGUUGUUCAGGAGCCAACAGUUUCUAACCCCGCCAGUGACACAGACUUAGAGACUCUGCAGUGUUCGGUUCUCUCUGACUCUGUAAAUGCAACCUGCUCAGGAGAACCCAGUAUGUUCUGGUUCAGAGCCAUAUCAGACACAUCCUAUCCAGAUUUCAUCUUUGCUGAGGGAAAAAUACCUAAAAACUGUGAAAAGACGUCAAACAAUCAGAAGAAAUGUAGUUAUAAUUUCUCUAAGAAUGUACAAUCAUCUGACACUGGCACUUAUUACUGUGCUGUGGCCACAUGUGGAGAGAUACUGUUUGGAAAUGGAACCAGCCUGAAUAAAGAAUCAAGUCUGUGGUCACAGGAGGCCAUCACAGUCAUUUUCUCACUCUCCUUUGUUUUAGCCAUGAGUCUGAUAGUUAUAACCUUUCUCAUAUGCUUCAUCAACACAAACAAAUGUGACCAUUUUCAAGCUACUAACCUGAAUAAAAAUCUCCCUCAAAGCAGGAAUUGGAAACGUGAAGAUAAAUGGAUCUAUUCAACUGCAAUUUUCACAAUAAAAACUGACAGUGCUGAAACAAAGAAAAUACCGGAGAAGAUGUUCAACAUACAUUUUCAUACUUUAGUUCCCGUGGUCACAGUCCAGCCAGGGGAACCUGUGACUUUGAGAUGCGUAAUGACUGAGAAGUUUGAAUCUUUGACGUGGGUUCACUGGUACAAGCAAAGUGCAGGAAAUAAUUUGAUGUUAAUUGCAAUGCUGCGUGAAAGUACAAGUACAACGCCAACCUACGGCCCGGGAUUCUCAAAAUCAAGAUUCCAAAUAACAUAUAUUGGCAACAUGAGCAACUUGAUAAUUUCAUCAACAGUAGAACAAGAUGAGGGAAUGUACCAUUGUGCCUAUAUGGACUGGACUGAAUCUACUUGGACUGGGACCUAUUUGUCUUUAGCAGAAAACUCUCAGAGGAUUUCGAGCUUCACUGUUGUUCAGGAGCCAACAGUUUCUAACCCCGCCAGUGACACAGACUUAGAGACUCUGCAGUGUUCGGUUCUCUCUGACUCUGUAAACACAACCUGCUCAGGAGAACCCAGUAUGUUCUGGUUCAGAGCCAUAUCAGACACAUCCUAUCCAGAUUUCAUCUUUGCUGAGGGAAAAAUACCUAAAAACUGUGAAAAGACGUCAAACAAUCAGAAGAAAUGUAGUUAUAAUUUCUCUAAGAAUGUACAAUCAUCUGACACUGGCACUUAUUACUGUGCUGUGGCCACAUGUGGAGAGAUACUGUUUGGAAAUGGAACCAGCCUGAAUAAAGAAUCAAGUCUGUGGUCACAGGAGGCCAUCACAGUCAUUUUCUCACUCUCCUUUGUUUUAGCCAUGAGUCUGAUAGUUAUAACCUUUCUCAUAUGCUUCAUCAACACAAACAAAUGUGACCAUUUUCAAGCUACUAACCUGAAUAAAAAUCUCCCUCAAAGCAGGAAUUGGAAACGUGAAGAUAAAUGGAUCUAUUCAACUGCAAUGUUCACAAUAAAAACUGACAGUGCUGAAACAAAGAAAAUACCAGAGAAGAUGUUCAACAUACAUUUUCACUGAUUUAUCUGGUUCAUUGUUGUUUGGAGCUAAAUAUAACAUUGUUGAUGAAAUUUGAUGCAUGACUUUAAUUCAAUAAGUUUGUUUCCUGUUUGUGCAUUUUUACCUCAUGAACACAAGCUGAAAACAAUUUCUUCCACUUUUUGUAAC